GGGAAAACGAACAUAAUCGCCUGCGCCACGGAGACUUGUGCGAGAGAUCCAGGUUCUCGGCAGAAGCCUACGUUCUGGAUUCCAGUCCAUCUCGUCGAUCCUGAGAGGCCCACAGAGCACGCAAUCUUCAACGUGGUUGCUGACACUCCUUGUGAUUCCAUCGCCUUCAUCGAGUGGUCUCCUCCCAGCUGCGAGCGUGCGCUUUUAGUGGUGAAUUCUCGUAACCAUCCAAAGGCCCCUUGAAUGUGGCACGGGCAUUUAAUUGCUGGAAUUGUGAGCACGAAUGGAGGCAAGAUCAAGCAGUUGUCACGAAAUGGAUCACUCCACAGUAUUCGUACCAAUGGACGGAACUUCACCACUGUUUGAGGAAAGAUUCCUAGCACGUCAAGCUACAAUCUCUGCUAAAUGGCCGAAUUUUCUUUGUGCUUGCAUCGUUUUAUCGUCGGGUGUGGUGCAACUCCGAUGGCGGCGGUCGCCUCUCAAAGACUCCUCUACGCCAGUUUGGUACUCGUCAAGCAGAGGUGUUUUAGGAGCUGGGCCGAGUGGAAUCUAUGCUGCAGAUGUUAUCGUCAACGACGCUGGCUCCUUGAUAGUUGCAGGAGUGCCUAUCGGUAAUCCUUCUACAAUUGUCAUCUGGGAGAUCACUCCAGGCGUAUUUAAUGGUCAGCAGCUGAUGAAGCUUGGUGCGUCGCCUCUACCAUUUACUGCUCCUUCAUGGCCGGGGAUGGCAUCGUUGGCAGCGUAUCUUCUCAGUUGGCAGGAGCUUCGCGAGAAGGACCUUCCUGACAAGGAAGGUCCUUUGCUGCAGUGCUCGCCAAUUUCAAACUUGUCCGCCUACGUGAGUCCGGAGGCGUCCACUGGAUCGAAUGUAGCAGCUUGGGGAACCGGAGUGGCAGCAGUGGCAUUCGAUCCGGAAAAGCAAGGGACGGCGCUUCUUGUUGUGAUAGUUGAAGGACAAUAUAUGUCCCCAAAACAUCCUGAUGGAGGGCCUUCUAUGACCGGAUGGAAGUUUCAAAGGUGGGAAAGUUCACGGCAACAAGUGGCCAUACACUCUGUUUUUGAGGCAGGAGCUGCGAAUUACGGUGCUAUGUCGCAUCCUAUGGCUACAACAUGGAAAACAGUCGUGAACAAGAGCUUUCCUCAGACAAAGCUGGCCAUGUCGUAUAAUAAACGAGGGCGGGACGCUUCGAGCAGCAUGGAUACAGGUGACGCUGCGGCCGAGGAACAGGAAACAGAGCCUUUACCCGUCGUCAAGUGUAUCGCAAAAGUUCGCUUCAGCGGUCACGGGGGAGAAGUUGCGGUGGCACUCUUAGGUGGCGAAGUUCACUUGUUCUCUGGCCCUGGGCUGGUUCCGGUCGAGAACUUCUGCGUCCAAGUCGGGCUUUUGGUUGCAUCUCCAGCUCUAUCUGCUUCCGGUUGCUGCCUCUCAUGUGCCUGGCAUGACACAGACUCCGACACCAGCUUCUUGAAGAUUGUUCGUGUUCGAUCCCUUUCAUCAUCUGGGCCUACAACUGCGCCCCUGGAACGCCAGAUAGCCGACAGAUUUUGGUGGAGCUUGGUAACUCAACUUGAUUGGUGGGACGCUAUUGCGUACUCUCAAAGCGCUGCUGACGAAGGCCUAGUUUCUCUAGGGGCAAUUGCAGCGGUUCUAGAUUCAUUCUUUGCCAAAUGCAGGUCAUCGUCAGCAUUACGGUCUGGAUCACAUUAAGUGUAGGAUGUUAGAGGGGGCAGAUGCUGCUGAAGUAAGAGUACUUGUCCUUGAUCAGGCCAGAUUUUUCUUGGAAGUCCUAGGCAAAGGCAUAGAAGCAGCACUCGUUAAUCCUUCGACGCUUAUUCUCGACCAAGCACCCAGCGAAACUCCGACAGGUCUUGGCGGUGAAGCCAUGCUUGUUGAUCCAGCUCUCGUUCAUCAAAUUCAGUCUUACGUCGACGUGAUUUUGGAUCUAGCGUCUCACUUUUUGACCCGAUUGUGGAGAUACGCAAGCUUUUGCCGAACUCUUGCUGCUGUCAAAGCACCAAGCUCAAACGGUCCUCCCGCAGGAUCUCAGCCUCCAGCGCCAGCAGCAGCAGCAGCAGCAGCACCAGUUCCGACACCAGCAGCACCUCCAACGACAACACCACCAACCAGGAAACCAAGGAGGAACACGUCCUUUGAGACUGGGAAGUGGAAAUACUGGUCAAGGCUAUACAGCCGACGAGGUGAAAUAUUUAUUUCUCGUGUUGUUAGAUCUAUGCAAGAGAACAGCGCCGCUUGCUCAUCCGUUCCUCAUCGCGGAAGAAUGGAACAAGAGAAUCAUGUCCGGUGGACCUUGGUCCGAGAGACUGGAAAGCCUGGACAAGCACGAAAGGCCCAUGGAUUUGUGGCCUCGAAAGCGGAGGUUUGCAGAGCGAGACGCUGCUUGCGGUGUGGAAACCGCGGUUGGCUUGGGAAGCUACGCAGGUUUCAUGGGCUCCAGGCGGGACGUAGUGAUCUUAUUAGACUAGAGUUUACUUUUAUCCAGAUUAAGGUCAAAAUAAAGCAUUUGGUUAGG